AUUUUUAUGUGAGUUAAUUAUUUCAUUAUAAACUAUAAUUAUUGUGUCCCCCACGGUUAAACCAAAAAGAAAUUCUUUUUAAAAAGAGUUGAACAUAAAUUAAAAGGUAAGAUCAGUCAUCAAUCAUAAAAUUCAUCAUAUAAAAGCACAUCCAAAUCAAACAACUUUUGAAAAUUACAGAAUUAAGGGAUACAGAAAAUAUUAACCUCAAAGUGGCCCAGUCAUGACCUGUCAACCACCAACCACCAUCUCCAAAUCACUUAUCUGCUAAUAGUCCACAACAGUAAUUUUCCAAAAUCUGAAUAUCACUGAUUUUGAAAAAUAUUGAAAUCAAGAGUGUUAAUAUGAAAGUAAAAAUAUGGAUGGAAAUAAGAAUGAUAAGCUGAUAGGGUGAUAGGUGUAUUCAAUUAGCUCAGAAAUACAUAGAAGAGGGAAAUCGGGAAAUGUCAGAAAUGAUUUCUGCAUGAAGCUCAACAUUUUUUUCCUACACAAAAACCGGAGGGCAAAUUAUUUACUACCUACAUUUACGUCAUAUCAUUUUCAAAUGAUGGUUUUUAGGUGUCCUACUGAAAGUUCGUGUGAUGGCUAUUCCAGAAAACCAGCAACCGAUGGAACGUAAAGUGACUCCCAAAAGUAAUGAGGGGUCCAAAACUAUUGAGUAUACACAAGAAGAGUUAGAAGCUGUGAAAAGAAUAAAUAAAUGUAAGGAUUUUUAUGAAAUUCUGGGUGUUAGUAAAUAUGCGACAGAAUCAGAUAUCAAAAAAGCCUAUAGAAAGUUAGCAUUGCAGCUUCAUCCUGACAAGAAUAAAGCACCAGGAUCUGCAGAAGCUUUUAAAAAAAUAGGAAAUGUGGUUGCUAUAUUGACAGAUGUUGAAAAACGUAAACAAUAUGAUUUAUAUAGAAGUUUCAAAGAAAGAAUGGCUAAAAAUUCUCAUUUCUAUUCAAAUUCAUUCACCAGAGGUUCUAGAGCUGAAACUGCACCUCCCUUUGGUUUUGGACAAACCUCUAGUCAUCAUGAAACCCACCGACAAGGAAAUGAGCAAAGAGGAUAUGGUGCAUUCCUAAAGCUGCUAAUCAUAUUACCCAUUAUUUUGUUCAUGGCAUCAAGGUUCUUCAUAUCUGACCCACAUUACAGUCUACAGCAGAAUUCAAAAUAUCCAGUGGAAAGGUUCACACAAACUCUUAAAAUCCCUUACUAUGUGAAGAAGAAUUUCGACAAAGACUAUCAAGGUUCUUUGCCGAGGUUAGAGAUGUCUCUGGAAGAAGAAUAUCUCACUAAUCUACAACAUGCCUGUUAUAGAGACAAAAAUUACCGUAAAUGUUUCCAUUUUAUAUAUUAUAAAAUCAUGAAUAUAUUACAUUAUAUUUUGGAAGUAUUUUUCGAACUGUUAGGACUUGAUAGUAAUAAAUCUUAUUGA